AUGUUGAAUGUCGACGAGUAUUACAUCGAGAUUUUGCGGCUUGUGAAGCAAGCUGGUUCGAUUAUCAGGGAAAAGAUUUAUCAACGCAAAGAUGUGCUCACAAAAUCGUGUGAUGUUGAUUUAGUUACGGAAUGGGAUCAAAAGGUAGAAAAUCUUCUAAUCAGUGGAAUAUCAUCCAAAUAUCCCGACCAUAGGUUUAUCGGUGAAGAAAGUACUGCUUCGGGACAAAAAAUAGAAUUAACGGAUGCUCCAACAUGGAUAAUCGAUCCCAUCGAUGGCACAAUGAAUUUCGUUCACGGUUUACCAUACACAUGCGUUUCAGUUGCGCUACUUAUUAAUAAAACAGCCGAAAUAGGAAUAGUAUAUAAUCCGAUCUUAGAGCAACUUUUUACUGCUCGAAAAGGUCAAGGCGCUUUUCUCAAUGGAGCUCCAAUUCACGUAUCUAAUGAAAAAGAAUUGCAUAAGGCAUUAAUAAUGGUAGAGAUGGGAACUAGUAGAGAUCCAGAAAAAUUGAAAAUAAUCUUGCAAAAUCUAGCGCUCCUUACAUCACAGAUUCAAGGAAUACGAUCGCUUGGUUCGGCGGCUCUGAAUAUGUGUAUGGUGGCUUGUGGCAGUGCUGACAUUUCUUUUGAAUUUGGUAUACAUGCAUGGGACAUUGCAGCCGGAGAUCUUAUUGUUCGAGAAGCCGGAGGUGUAUCAAUAGAUCCAGCUGGUGGUUCAUUUGACGUGAUGAGUAGAAGAACAUUGUGUGCAUCAUCAGUAGAAUUAGCUCAACAACUUUCCAAAAUAUUGAUCCAGUAUUAUCCGGAACGAGAUUAAGAAGUUUGGAAGCUUCAUGUAGAAGAUGAAGAGAACUUACUAUAUUUCUACGGAUUGAGGAUUAAAUUGUUAAAGAUAAUGCAAAUAUUAGAUUUAACAAAUUUUAAUUAUAUAACUGUAAAAUGUAUGUAAUAUUGUUAAUUAAGUUAUUUCCAGCAAAUAUGAUCAAAAUAUAAAGAAAUUGAAACUUCCUUAGAAACAUUUAAAUUAUAGUUUAAGAAAUAAAUUAAUAAAUUUAUUUACUUAUGAUGUAAAAUUGACAUAUACACAAUGAUAUUAAUACCCAUGUUAUCGGUAUAUAGAUGGAGAAGGUAAUACUAAUUUUAGAUACAUAAAAAUAAUAUAGCAUUACUGUCAAAGAAACU